GUCCCUGCGCCGGCGCCCGCGGGUCGAGCUAGCGUUGCGCCGGGCUGCGGCCGCCGCUCCCCGCGGGGCGCGCCUUGGAGGGGUCCGGAGUCGCGGCCCCAUUAUGGUCAGCCAUGGCGUGGCUGCCGGGCGGGCUGGCCGAGCUGCGCUGGGGCGCGCUGGUCGCCCUCUUCGUGGCGGCGCUGGCCACGCUGGCCGUGUACCUGGUGCAGUACGCGCUGCUGGCGCUGCGGAGGGGCCGCCCGCCGCCGCCGCCGGCCCCCGCUCCCCCGGUACAGCGGGACGAGCUGCUGGAGGAGGGCGGCUCGGUGCUGGCCUGGGCGCUGUCGCGGGGCAGCUGGAGGCGGCAGUGGCGGCGGGCCUGGGUGGCGGCGCUCCGAGCCGAGGCGGCGGAGCGGGCGGAUUCAGAGUUGCUCACAUUUGAGGAAGAUGACCCAGAACCACUUGAGCUAGCAGUUAAAGAAGUUACUAGUGUUGUAAAGUCAGCUGGAGAGAAGGUGGUUUCUUGCAAUGUUGUGGGAGAUUCUGUUAAAUUCCUCGUUGCUGUCUCAGCCCCUCCGCCUGCAGCUGCCGAAGCUCAGUCAUAUUUUGUGAAGCUGUCCCCAGUCCACCUGCAGCUUCAGGUCUAUGUGAAAGACAAAGGAGAAGACGUGAAAGUUGAGUGGUUCCUCAUUAACACCAAUGAAAUCAACUUUGAAAUCCAGCCAGCAGUGCAGGAGGGACAGACAACAGGGACAUGUGCAAUAUCUGAAACACUCAGAGAUGUCUUGAAGAACCUCUUCAGCUCAGCUUCUCCAUCUGUAGUGUUGAGUGUGAGGCCUGCAGAUACAAAGGAGGUUCAGAAUGCACAGAACACGAGCCUUCUCCCUCAGGGCACAAGUCCUCCCAAACCUCCAAGGGCUCAUGACCUCAAGCUGCUGGUGAGGAACAUCGCGGUGAAGCUGGGUGAUCUUCGUGCUGCAGGCAGCACAGACCUUGUGUGUAUAGUUCAGUUGAAUGACCCUAUGCAGAAGUUUUCCAGCUCUGUAGCCAAAAAUGCUGCACAUCCCUUUUGGAAGGAAGAGUUUAUCUUUGAACUAAGUGCCAAAUCAAAAGCAUUGCAACUGCAAAUAGUAGAAGAUGGAAAGUUGGAUAGUCCUUUUUCUGGGAAGGUGACUGUACCUCUAGACCUGUUCAGGAAACAGCCUUCUGGCCAGCACAGCUUUGCACUGCACAGCGAGGCCAGGGAGAGCAGCUCGGAGCCAGGGCCCGGGCUGGGAUCCAUUAGUGCAGAGUUCUCCUUUAUAGAACCCAGUGAGCUGAAGGCACGGCAGGUCUCCUCUCCAGUGCUGGCCACCAAGAUCGAAAAGGAUCGCACUGUGAUGCCCUGUGGGACCGUGGUCACCACUGUCACUGCUGUGAGAACCAAACCUCGUCUGGAAGGGAGAUCAUCCCCUCUGAGCACAGAUUCUCCUGUGAAAACUCCUGUUAAAGUAAAGGUGACUGAAAAGGAUAUCACUGUUGAAGCCCUCCACUCUCAUGGUGCUCCAGUCAGCAAAACUUUGUCAUCUUCAGAUACAGAGCUGCUGGUACUGAAUGGCACCGACCCUGUGGCAGAAGCAGCCAUUCGGCAGUUGAGCGAGUCUGCAAAGCAGAAGCUGAAGUCUCCUCGAAAGAAAAGCACCAUUAUCAUAUCAGGGGUGUCCAAGACCUCUUUAUCUCAGGACAGUGAAGCUUCACUGAUGAUGGACUAUGCUGCAGCCAUGGACAGCUCCUGCAGGGAAGCAGAUCCACCCACUGUGGAGGAAGCUGUUGCAAAAAUCACCUCUGAUGAAAAGCAGUCAUUGGGUGCUUCAGAAAGAGUCCCUGACACCGACCCACAGCGAAGCACCCACGAGGCCUGGGGUUUGGAGAAUGGCAGCCAGCAGUGGGACACCAGCACGCUCUUAGACCAGACCUCUGAAGAAAUAUCUGGGAGCUCAUUAAGUGUUUCAGAAACUGGGAGCAUGAAAAAGUCUAAAGGUGGGAUUUUGAAGAAAAGCGCGAAGCUGUUUUUCCGCCGGCAGCAUCACCAGAAGGACCCGGGAAUGAGCCAGUCCCACAACGACCUGGUGUACCUGCAGCAGCCUCUGUCAGAGGAGAGCCGCAAGAAGGGGGGGACACUCUCACGGAUUCUGAGCAAGAAGCUCCUUUCCAGGAACAAGAGCAAGAGCAAACUGAACGGUGCUUCGGGAGAGCCGUACCUAUAAACCCGAACCCUCUGCGAUGGGAUCCUUGCUCACCAGUUGAGCACUUGUUUACAGAGCAGUACUAGAGAAUACAAAUAUGGCUGAUGACUUGCAUAAAAGGAUGUUCACUAUUAA